AUGAACUUCUUUGAUCCCAAGAGCAACUACUGCCGAGUCUACCUCCCGCGCACGAACUACACUGCGGCGAAAGUAUACGCCAACGUGGACCUGUUCUGCGAGCACACGGGCGUCGCGCGCCAAGUGUCGGAGGCGCGCAAUCAGGCCUCAAUCGGCAAGGCGGAACGAAUACACCGGACAGUGCUGAACCUCGCGCGCAGCAUGGUGUUUGCAUGCGCGCUGCCCGUGAUGUUCUGGAGAGACGCGGUGCUAUACGCCGUCCAUAUCUUAAAUCGGAGCCUUACGCGAGCAAACGCAAAGAGAGCGUCACCACUCGAGGUGCUGACGGGCAAGACGCCGGAUCUGCCGCUCGGGGAGCGCCAUCAUUGUCGGCGUCAUCGAGAAACCAAAGGCUACAAGGUGCUGCUACCGCGUGACAACAAAGUGGUCGUCAUGCAGCACAUUAAGAAUAUCGAGACAUUGACAAAGGCGCAGAACGUGCAACUCCAGCGCGCGAUGGACUUCGGCGAUCGAGCCGGAGGCCAGGAGGAGACGGACGCGCCAGCAGCAGCAGGGGCGAACGAUGGUCGAGCAGAGGGCAACAGGGCAACGCAUAAAAGCAGAAAGCGAUGGACGCGAAGGGCGCAUGGAACACGCGGGGUGUCGAAACGCGCAGAAGCGGCUGCUCGUCAGUUGGAGAAGGCCGUAAGCGGAGAAGUCGUAAAUGCCGCUUUCGAGCACGAUACGCUUAACUACGGACAGGCGAUGUGCAGCGGCAAGCGCGAAGGGUGGGAGAAGGCGAUGCAAGAGGAGAUCGCCGCGCUCGAGUCCAAUGAUGUCUGGACUAUCACAAGUCGAACGGCAGGACAGCAUGCGCUGCACACCAAAUGA